CUGUCCCCAUGCCACUACGUUGCGGCUGCCAGCGCAUGUAGACAUGGCGGGCAAUGGCAACACGCACUGUGUGUGCUCAGCGAGAUGUGGGAGGCGAAGCUGGAGCCCAGCGUCACCUCUCCUCUACAACGCUGGAGUCAGCGCGUGCGAGAAGGGCAUGCAGUGGCGGGGGGCUCUGGCGCUGCUCAGCGAGAUGUGGCAGGCAAAGCUAACUCCCGACUCAGCUACAGCGCUGGGAUCAGCGCGUGCGAGAAGGGCAAGCAGUGGCAGCGGGCGCUGGCGUUGUUCGGCGAGAUGCUCGCGGCGAAACUGGAGCCCAACGUCACAUCUCUCCUACAACGCUGGGAUCAGCGCGUGCGAGAAGGGCGAGCAGUGGCAGCGCGCUCUGGCGUUGCUGAGCGAGAUGCGGGAAGCGGAGCUGGAGCCUGACGUCAUCUGUCUGCAACGCCGGCAUCAGCGCGUGCGAGAAGGGCGCGCAGUGGCAGCGGGCGCUGGCGGUGCUCCGCGAGAUGCGGGGGGCGAGGCUGGAGCCGAACGUCAUCUCUCUACAACGCUGGAAUCAGCGUGUGCGAGAAGGGCGAGCAGUGGCGGCGGGCUCUGGCGGUGCUCAGCGAGAUGCGGACGGCGAAGCUGCAGCCCAACCCCUAGUCAGCUACACCGCUGGGAUCAGCGCGUGCGCGAAGGGCGUGCAGUGGCAGCGGGCCCUGGCGCUGCUCAGCGAGAUGUGGGAGGCGAAGCUGGAGCGCAACGUCAUCUCUCCUAUACGGUCAGUGUCGGUGCGUGCCAGAAUGGCAGCAAGCACGGGUGCACGCACACACUAGUCUCUACGACAACGCAGCGUCAGCUACAGCGCUGGGAUCAGCGCGUGCGAGAAGGGCGAGCAGUGGCAGCGGGCGCUGGCCUUGCUCUGCGAGAUGUUGGGGGCGAAGCUGCAGCCCAACGUGUCAGCUACAGCGCUGGGAUCAGCGCGUGCGAGAAGGGCGAUCAGUGGCAGCGGGCGCUGGCGCUGCUCAGCGAGAUGUGGGAUGCGAGGCUGGAGCCCUCUCUCCUACAACGCUGGGAUCAGCGCGUGCGAGAAGGGCGAGCAGUGGCAGGGGGCUCUGGCGCUGCUCAACGGGAUGUGGGAGGCGACGCUGGAGCCCGAUGUCAUCGCUACAGCGCUGGGAUCAGCGCGUGCGAGAAGGCUGAGAAGUGGCAGCGGGCGCUGGUGCUGCUCAGCAAGAUGUGGGAGGUGAGGCUGGAGCCCAACGUCAUCUCGCUACGACGCCGGGAUCAGCGCUUGCGGGAAGGGCAAGCAGUGGCAGCGGGCUCUGGCGCUGCUCAUCGAUGUGCGGGAGGCGAAGCUAGAGCCCAACUUAGCUACAAUGCUGGGAUAAGCGCGUGCGAGAACGGCGAGCAGUGGCAGCGGGCUUUGGCGCUGGUCAGCGAGAUGCAGGAUGCGAAGCUGGAGCCCAACAUUACCUCUCCUACAAUGUGCUGGGAUCAGCGCUUGCGAAAAGGGCAAUCAGUGGCAGCGGGCUUUGGCGCUGCUCAACGAAGCGCGGGAGGCGAAGCUGGAGCUCGCGGUCAUCAGCUACAACGCUGGGGUCAGAGCGUGCGAGAGGGGCGGGCAAUGGCAGCGGGCUUUGGCGCUGCUUGGCGAGAUGCAGGAGGCGAAACACGAUCCGGACAGCAUCAGCUACACCGCUGGGGUCAGCGCGUGCGAGUUUGGCGAGCAGUGGCUACGGGCUUCGGCGUUGCUCAGCGAGAUGUGGGAGAUGACGUUUGACCAGCUGCAGCGACGGAGCUAGGGCGUGCGAUCAAUUUGGGCGGUAGCAUCAGGCGUUGCCAUUGAUAGGUAAUUUCUGAAAAUGCAGGUGGAGCUGGAUACAAUCGCUUCACAGCGCUUGGAUCUGCAUGUGCAAGAAGGGUGGUGAAUAGCAGCAGCCGUUGUCAUUGUCUAGCGGGUGGUGGAAGGCUAGGUGCCAGUUCCGAUGGCACUCAGUUCCCUGUCGCACAGCGAGGUGGACACCUUGCGACACUGCCUGACGUUGGAGCCACAUCUUCGCCUAGAGGUCCGUUCCGCGAGCCCCGAACCGAAUGUCUUUCACCAAGCACCAACGAGGUCCUGGCGACGCUCGGCCGCGGCAGGGGGCGGAUCGCCUGAAGAAGCCUGCGUCCGAAUUGCAGGCCAAGCUCUCCGAGGAUCAUAAGCUGCAAGAGGCGGUAAGAAGCGCCGCCUCCGCCGCGAGCGCUCCGCUGCCCUUGACACAUUGACACACAUGCCCAAAGGGCACGUGGCAGUGCGGGCCGACGAGGCCUGGCGGCCUGUGAGACCGGUGCCCGGGGGGGACGCGGCGGGGCGCGCCGGGCUUCCCGGCCUUCUUUUGUCUCAGCUUUUUUACCCCGCCUUCCCAUGGCUGAGCGUAUCCGCUGGCCAGCGCCCGGGCUGACCGACGUAUGGCAAUUCGCGAAGGGAUGAAAAGGUAUGAAUACAUGA